ACAGUGGUGGUGGUGGUGGUGGUGGUGGUGGUGUUACUUAAAAGCAGCCUGCAGGAAGCUUCAAGCAGCACUACAGCGUCAGUUGUGCCAAGAUACACUACUCAGCUCCUCUUCCUCCUCCUCCUCUUCCUCCUUCACCUCUCAGAACAUGAAACCUCUCACGGUCCUGGUUCUUGUGUCAUCGCUGCUGGUGGCGUCCAUCAGCGGGAGGUACAUCGGAGACAGACCAGGCGGCGAGGGAGACACACACGUGAAAGAAGAACUGUGUGAAGAAAACCCCACAGAUGAGCGCUGUAAUUCGGGCGGAGGGUCUGGGGACGGAAUAGGAGGUGGUGACGGAGACGGGAACACAGGAGGAGGCUCGGGUGAUGGCAUCGGUGGAGGUGACGGGGAUGGAAAUACCGGUGGAGGGUCUGGUGAUGGCAUAGGUGGAGGCGGCGAUGAUGGAAGCACCGGUGGAGGAGGAUCGGGGGAUGGAAUUGGUGGAGGAAGACGUGGAGAGAUGCUGGAACUUUAACUGGAAAGAUUGUCACAGGCGUGCAGGUGGACGGUGCGGCGGGUUGAGUGCAGGUGGCUUGAGGAACGCUGCUGUAGGAAAUGACUGACUGGCACGAGUGACGAAAACCAGGAAGUGCUUCAGCUCCUCAUCAGCAUAACCCAAGAACCUUUUCGUCCACACAAGGCGACGCUUCCUUGAAGAAUCAUUACUUAAGGCACUCAAUGAAACUUACAUAAAUUUUUAACGAAUAUAAUUAAUGUCGAAAUAAAAGUAAUCUUCUAAGCCCAUUUUUCCCCUGAGAAUGCUUGACAUGGAAGCGUCGACACGAAGGAGAAGUGAAUGAACAGCAGUGGCGGUGAUGGGAUGGACUCCGGGAAGUUAGUCUGCCUCAAAAUAUGUACUGGAGGUAGAGACUACACGAGUUUGUCUAUGCUGGAAGGGAGCGAUCGGCAAGUAUAUCUUGCGACCAGAAUUAAUUUACAUUUUCAGCCUCUUUUAAGUGCCUGCAGGAAUAAUGGGCUCCAGGAGCAUAAUCUCAUUCCGUGGCGUUUCACUGGCCUAAGAUUGCAUAAUCUUUUCUCUGACAUUUAAAGAUAAGUAAGAACUAUCAGCAACACGUAGCGCAGCAACCAUUAACUUCAUAUGGCGCAGAAAAAUAAAAUUGCAUAAAAAUACUAGUAAUGUUAAAAUAAAAGGUAAAAAGCAUAAAAACAAGACACCGUUCAAAUUUACAAGAAACGAAAGAUUUAAAAACAGCAUAUGAAGAGGAUUGGGAUUUGAAUGUACUAAUUGCAAGCGAGUAGGUACUGACCACAGUGACCCAGAAUAGUACAUCUGGCAUUGUUCGUUUCGUAACCAAGGCACUGACCUGACUGACCCAGGUCCCUGGACCCAAUGUUGUUCGGGUCCUGGAGCAUGAAAAUAAAACUAUAUUCUGUCAUAAAAUCAGCGUUAGAGAAUUUACAUAGUAGCUUUAUUAUUUUUAUCAUUUCAGUAUCUUAUGUAUAAUGUCACACCAAAAAAUAUGCACGUACCUUACGCAAAAUAAAGUGUAUUAUUAUUA